AAAAACUAAAAACUAAAAGGGCAUGGCAGUUGGAAGGUCAGAAGUUGACUCACCCAAUCUCACUCUCGUUCUCACUCCCGUUCUCUCUCCCACUGUAACCUCCGACAAUGGGAAGCUCCAAUCACGGAACUACUGUGGACUCUUUCCUUUCCAACCAAUCCGCUAAGGUCUUCGUCGCUGGUCACCGUGGUCUUGUCGGCUCCGCCAUCGUCCGCAAGCUCCAGCAGCUUGGAUUCACCAAUCUCCUCCUCCGAACCCACGCCGAGCUCGAUCUCACCCGCCAAACUGAUGUCGAUGCCUUCUUUGCUGCUGAAAAGCCCCAAUUCGUGAUCCUCGCCGCUGCCAAGGUCGGUGGCAUCCACGCCAACAAAACCUAUCCCGCAGAUUUCAUCGCCAUCAACCUCCAAAUCCAGACCAAUGUGAUCGAUUCAUCCUAUCGCCACGGCGUAAAGAAGCUACUGUUCUUGGGUUCCUCUUGCAUUUACCCUAAGUUUGCUCCGCAACCAAUCACCGAAGAAGCAUUGCUCACGGGUCCAUUGGAGCCCACCAACGAAUGGUACGCUGUGGCGAAGAUCGCCGGGAUCAAGAUGUGCCAGGGCUAUCGAUUGCAACACGGUUUUGAUGCGAUCUCUGGCAUGCCCACAAAUUUGUACGGCCCGUAUGACAAUUUUCACCCCGAGAAUUCGCAUGUGUUACCGGCAUUGAUUAGGCGGUUUCAUGAGGCAAAGGUAUCAGGUGCGAAGGAGGUGGUGGUUUGGGGCACCGGAUCACCCUUGAGGGAGUUCUUGCACGUAGAUGAUUUGGCAGAUGGAGUGGUGUUUUUGAUGGACAAGUACAGUGGGUUGGUGCAUGUGAAUGUGGGGAGUGGAAAGGAGGUGACGAUCAAGGAGUUGGCUGAAUUGGUGAAGGAAGUGGUUGGGUUUGAGGGUGAGCUUGUUUGGGAUACAUCAAAGCCCGAUGGGACACCGAGGAAGCUCAUGGACAGCUCGAAGCUAGCAGAAUUGGGAUGGGUCCCAAAGAUAGCACUGAAGGAAGGGCUUGUUGAUACCUAUAAGUGGUACUUGGAGAAUGUCAAGCAAUGAUGCAGAGGCAAUGUUUUGCAUGGAAGCUUCCAAGAGCUUGUUCAGUAGAUAAGAUACGCAGCUUGCUUUUCCCUUUUUCUUAAUUCUUUUCCAUGGUUUGGUAUCAGAGCACCUUAUUUAGUUUCUUAUUGUUACUCCAGCAAUGUUUUUUUUUUUUCUUUUUUUGAAACUAUUUUUCUCCAGGAACUCUGGCUGCUGAUCACAUGCUUUGUAAUUCUUUUUUAUUCUAUACUACUUUGAUUGGAUCAAGUUAUCCCUCCAACCAAACACCAAACCAACUCUCCUUGCACAAACCAUUCAUCCAUUGAUGCUGUGUAAUAUCUAAUGUCAGCACUGUAGCAUAUCCUCUUGGCUGAAAGUAAGAGAAGUAGUGUCCUGAGGUAGAUUGUGUGUUGACAAGGAUUUAAAAAGCUAUCAAGGCUUAAGCCCAAAAUACUCAAUGGGUCUUUAUGGAUUUUGAGUCUUUGUUGGCUUUUGAUAUAUAUCUCUGUAAGAGGCUUAUGCCUCACAAUUUAAUGGAUGUUGAGAUUUUGUAA